GACUCGGAAGCUGAGACCAUUGUCCUUCCUGGAAAAGGUGGCCAUUCGCCCUCGAAGAUUCGCAAAUCUAUCAAACACGAAGACCGGAGUGAGGACGACGAAAUGAAAGACGCGCCCGACAGUCGAGAUGCUGAUGUUGACAAUGGUGUUGAUGCUAACCAUGAAGAUGUGCCCAAUCCAAGCGAGUCGACCACCGCAGCUUCUAUGUUGGGAAAGAGAAAACGAUCCAAACAUGGAGUGGCCAACGACGAUAAUUCACACUUGGGGAACUCCAGCGGACUCAGCUCAGUGCCUACCUCUCCCGUUGCGACAACGCGAUCUUCUCUCUCGAAACCAGCAGCCUCGGAUUCUGAGAUAUCAAAAUCGCCUUCGCCACGCUCCCGUUCUCGUUCUGCCGUCCGCGAUAAGGCAAAAUCUGUGGAUAGAGCCUUUCCUCCCACCCCUCGCAAGAGAACCAGGUCAACUUCCCCUCAUGGACGAGCUCACAAACGCAGUAUCUCCAGUCAGCUACCUGCCAAAUCCGCCCAUGGAUUAAGCCACAAGAAGAAGCGUGUUCCAGCACCGCUGCUGUCUACAGAAUAUCAUUCUGACGAGUCUUCUGCAAGCGGUAACUCCCAUCCACGAAGUUCACGUUUACGCAGCCUCGCCGCUCCGAUCACUGGUGAAUCAACCAUAUCGCCGGCGAAGAUGGCUCCGCACAAGAAGCAUGUCAACUCUUCUGGUCAGACGCAACUAGCAAUCGCUUGCAAUCGUGGUAAAUUGGAAGCUGUCAAGCAGAGAUAUGAAGACCGUCCUGGUGAUCUGAAUAUUCCAGACCACGCUUUAAACACACCUCUACAUAUUGCGAGCUUGGCUGGUUGUGCAGACAUUGUCAAGUUUCUCAUUGAUACGGGACAUUGCGAACUCAAUCCGAUCAACUUGGAUCGGGAUGCUCCUCUUCACGAUGCAGUUGAUAACAAACACGUUGAAGUAGUCAAGCUACUCCUCGAUGCUGGAGCAAAUCCAAGCAUACCGAACAAAAACCAGAAUGAACCUCUAGAAUUGUUAGAUCUCAUGCUGGACGAAAAUGACGGAGAAGACGGCGACGAAGAUGAAAAUGAACGCGAAGCUGCCAAACUGGAAAUUGCUGAGAUGCGAAAAGCCAUCCUGGCUGCAAAGCGGAAAUUCAUGGAUGCUCGACGUGGCUCGGAAGACCACCAGAUGCACGAUCAUGGCGAAGGUCGCGAAUCCCACCCGAAAGAGAGCCCCAGACAGACUCCUCCAGCACAUGAAUCGCUAGCCAGUGGACCCACGAAUCGUAGAACAGCGCGCUCCCUGAUGAAGACGAAGGACCGCACUUUAUGGAUGGGUUAUACAAUAGAAGAAUUACGAGCUGCUGCAACUGAAGGGGAUGUAGAGUUCAUCAACCAAUUUCUUCAAGUCAAAUCUGAUGUCAACGAUCCAAGAACGCUAUACAACGCUGCUAGAGGAGGCCACGAUGCGAUCAUCAAUCUGCUUUUUGCCCUUGGCAAAUUCAACCCAGAUCCCGCCCCUUUGGAUGGAUUACCUCACGAACAAGCUACUCCGAUAUUGGCUACCAUUGGCAAGGAUGAUCACUUGGAGGUCCUUAAACUCUUUAUAGGAAAUUCCGAUUUCGACCCAACUCGCCGCAUCAAGGGUGAAACUUAUUUUGAGAUGGCAAAAAGACGUGCUGGCCCUAAUUGGCAGGAAGAAGAGCAAGUUCUCAAAAGUGCGUUCGAGGCUUAUCAGAAGACACACAAACCAUCGUCAAGCAAGCCCCGCUCUCCCGGUAUGCGACGGGAUGGGAGAGAAGCAGACCGUGACACGAAGAAAUCCAUCCGUUCUGAUGAUGCUCAAGGCCUUCGUACCCAUAAAAGAAGUACAUCUAGCCCCAAGACGAAGGAUUCAGAGCUGACCAAGAACCUGCACCGGAGCAAUUCAUCAGUUGGACAGUCUAAAGAUGGACACGGUACGGGCAAGAGAGGGCCCGGU